AUGUCCACUACAUUCUUUACUGUUGUUGCUUUAACGCUAUUCGUAAUUACACUCUGGAUACACUUAAAGCAGAAACCAAGACGUGAUGCAGUUAAAAACAUAAAUGGACCCAUCAAUAUACCCCUAUUGGGGGCCUUACAUCUAUCCUAUGAUCUAACGCCACAAAAUAUUUUUAUAAAGUCUAUGGAAUUGGGCCUGAAAUAUGGCAUGGUAAUUAAAGUCUGGGCUCUCAAUCGUUUGAUUAUAGUCAGUGCCGAUGCCGAAUUAAAUGAACAAAUUUUAACCAGUUCAACUCACAUCACAAAACAUCAAUUGUAUGGGGUACUCCAUGAAUGGUUGGGUAAUGGUCUACUCACCAGUGAUGGUCGUAAAUGGCAUAGCCGACGUCGUAUUAUUACACCAGCAUUUCAUUUUAAAAUUUUGGAAGAAUUUAUAGAAAUUUUCAAUCGGCAUUCGAAAACGUUGGUAAAUUGUUUGGCCGCAAAGGCCGAUGGUAAUUCGGCAUUUGAUGUUUAUCCGUUUGUAUGUGCCCAUACAUUGGAUAUUAUUGCCGAGACGGCAAUGGGUACGAAGGUGAAUGCUCAGACGAAUGAGGCUGGUGCAAGACAAUAUACAAAUGCCGUUUUGGAAAUGACAAAAACGGUGGCAUGGCGCUUUCUACGCAUCCACUUGCACAGCGAUCUGAUUUUUUCAAUACUACAUCCCUACAAAAAAUUACGUUCCGUAAAGAAUUUAAAGAUUAUGCAUGAUUUUACGCAUAACGUCAUCAAGAAAAGGAGAGCUGCUUUGGAAGCCUCACUGAAUGGGCAAAGUUCCAAUGCCGAAGAAAAUAGCGAAGAUAUUGGCAGCAAAAAAAGAAUGGCUCUAUUGGAUGUAUUACUGCAGUCAACAAUCGAUGGCGAACCUCUGACCAAUGACGACAUUCGUGAAGAAGUGGAUACGUUUAUGUUUGAGGGUCAUGAUACUACGGCCACAUCUCUGGCAUGUACCCUCUAUAUUUUGGCACGUCAUCCCCAGGUGCAGGAUAAACUGCUGGCCGAAAUAAAUAACGUUUAUGGUGAGGAUUUUUCAAAACCCCUAACAAUGAUGAGUCUAAAUGAAUUGAAAUAUAUGGAAUGUGUACUUAAGGAAUCUCUGCGUAAAUUUCCACCUGUUCCGUUAAUUGCUCGCAAAAUUAAAGAAGAUUUUAAGUACAAACAUUCAACACUGGGCAAUGGCAUCAUACCUGCCGGUACGGAAUUCAUUAUUGCUGUCUUUGGCAUGUGUUACGAUUAUAAUGUAUUUGAUAAUGCGCUUGAUUUCAUACCCGAACGUCAUGAAAAUUCCAAUUUAAAAAAUCAUUUCCAAUUUAUACCAUUCAGUGCUGGACCACGUAAUUGUAUUGGUCAAAAAUUUGCCAUGUAUGAAAUGAAAGUAACUCUGCUACAUAUAAUACGUUCAUAUGAACUGUUGCCGAUGGGAAAAGAAUUUGCUCCCGAAAUGGGAAUUGUACUACGUUCGACAACGGGUAUGCAGUUGGGUCUGAGGAAAAGGAAAUAA